AUGGGUGAUAUAAACUCAAAUGGGAAUAUAGGUGAAUCAAUUGCAGAUACAGACAAUAUUCAUAGUGAUACUAUUCCUGUUGGUGACGAACACAAAGAACAAGAAGAACCUUCAGAAACUGAAGCAUCAAAAGAUAGUCCAAUGGGUAUGUAUUGUGGUUGCGGAUCAACAAAAGAAAACGAUGCAAAUGAUAAUGACUCUAACAAAAAAUCAAUACAAAAAACUGGUCAGUCACAACUUCAACAACCGUCUAGCAAUGACAGAAUGGAUAGUGAUGAAGAUUCUCACAAUAAAUCAUCAAAAAAAUCAAAAACGAUAAGUGAUGAUGAUGAUGACGAUAAUAAUAAUCGAGGUGGAUCUGGCCGUCAUACACGUUCAUCUGCUACUUUAUCUAAACUUCGUAUUAAUUUUGAAGACUCCGGUGAUGAAAAUGAAGAUUCACGUCAUUAUUCCUAUUCUAAACGAGAUAUAGCUGAAUAUCGUAAUCAUUAUCCAAAUGCACGAUCAAAUCCAAAAAUACAUGAUAAUUAUGAUUUUUAUACAAAUCAAAUACGUUCUCAUCCAGAUGGUGAUUUCAUUGAUAAAAUACAUAAGAACUGGUUUGGUGAUCAUAGAAAGUUAGAAUAUCAUCAUGGUUAUAUCCAAUGGUUAUUUCCAUUACAAGAACGUGGUCUUAAUAUAUCUGCUGAGCCAUUACAAAAACAUGAAAUCGAGUCAAUUAGCAAGGAUGAAAAAGCAUUGGAAAGACUUCUAAAAUCUUAUAAACUCAUGCUUGAUUUUUAUGGUUUUAAAUUAGUGGAUGAAAAUACAGGCGAAAUACGCCGUUUAUCUGGUGAUUCUUAUAAAUCACGUUUUCGUAAUCUCGACACAUCAUCACAUAAUUAUUUACGUAUUACUCGUAUAUUAAAAUGUUUGGGUGAAUUUAAAUAUGAAUAUCUCAAAUUUUCUUUUCUGGAAGCAAUCUUACGAGAAAGUAUUACUGAAAAUAAAUUAUCAAAUUGUCUUCGAUCAUGUAAAGAUUAUUGGAUUGAAACAUUACGUAGUCCUGAUGAACGACGUGCUAUUCGACAGUAUGCAAGAGAAUUAGUGGAAUAUCGAAAUAAAGGAAUGACACCACCUAAAUCACAUAAGGCUCAUCGUCCACAACCGACAUCAGUGGCAAGUGAUAAAACUGAAAAUAGGUCGUUAUCAAAAGGUGAUGAUGAUGACAACAUGGAUCAUUAA